GUACUGUAUCCGAUCUCCUUCAUCUGCGCCAAUUUCAUUACUGAAUGAAUGUAAAUGAAACAAAAACCGUCUACAAUCGCUGGCAGCUUAGUUAUGCAUGAACGUUGAAUGAGAAGAAAAGGAAAUUUUGCGUUAAUAGCUCGCGGUAACGGUAGUAAAUGUGGUAGUGAGUUGAAAAUUUUGGCUGAAGCAAAGUUAUUUUUAAUACGAAAUGUACUGCAUUAGGGUAAUCUGUUCAAUCACAACGCUAUUCCUACAAUCGCCAACGUAGACCAGGAAGCAUAAUAGUAGACGUGUGCUCUCAAAUUGGCAAUUCAAUAAUACUUGUUUCCAUGACGAACAUGGAAACAUCAUAUUGUGUGGAGAAGCUUACCAACGGUUGAUGUGGAUUCAGCAUGACAUACUGUUAUGCUACGAAGUGAUGUGAUUCGUCGAAAUGAUAACAAGAUUGCGUUGUAAUUAACGAAACCGGAGAGUUAAAGUGCAAAAAUCAUCCAGUAGUGAUCAAAGCAUCUAGCUUCUACUUAUAGCUAUGAUUUAGUGAAGGAAUGCAACACUUGUCCCAUGAAGCUGCGAAAUCAUUACAAUUAUUAUCAUCGAAUGCGUUACAAGACCAGAAACGGCAGAUCCAGUGUUACCAUUUGUGCGAAAAUAAAUAGUGAUAUCUGGUCUAUACGCAAAUAACGUGUGUUUAAAGAAAAAAAAAGAAUGCAAAUAUGGCUAGUAGUGGUCCAGAACAAGGAAUAGUAAGCCCUGCUGGUUCUGAUGGUCAUCAGAAAAUCAGCGGCGGUCGCUAUGACUUUGAGGAUGGCGGUACAUUUUGCGGUGGAUGGGAGGAUAAUAAGGCGCACGGUCAUGGUGUUUGUACGGGUCCAAAAAAUCAAGGUGCCUACUUUGGAGCUUGGCACUACGGUUUUGAAGUGUCAGGAAUUUAUACGUGGCCAAGCGGAUCUUCAUACGAAGGACACUGGCAAAACGGAAAAAGACAUGGCCUGGGUGUUGAAACCAGAGGCAGAUGGAUAUAUAGAGGUGAAUGGACACAAGGCUUCAAAGGUAGAUAUGGCGUGAGGCAAAGUGUAUCGUCAACAGCCAGAUAUGAAGGCACGUGGGCCAACGGUUUGCAGGAUGGAUAUGGUUCCGAAACAUAUGCAGAUGGAGGAAGUUACCAAGGCCAAUGGUUACGCGGUAUGCGACAUGGCUACGGUGUACGGACAUCGGCUCCAUUUGGAAUGGCUGCGCGUUUUCGAACGAAAUCAAUACGAGCAUCUAUGACAUCGCUACGAAGUAAUGAAGGUGGGAAUAACCAAGCACCUACUCCUGAUCCUGUCGAAAAGCGCAGUCAUAGAAUAGAUGACGCCCGAGGUGGAUUCGUGUUAAAGGCAAAAUCAGAUGAACCACCUGCAAGGCGGAAUAGUUUAGUAGAGAAAACGAAGAAGGGGUUAUUAUCGGGCCUUAAAAUAAGGAAGCAACGAAGUACUGGUGAUUUAGAGAAACGUGGGACUGGAUCCGGGAGCAUACGAUCGACUGCAUCGAUAGCAUCAUGGCUCAGCACAGAGUCUUCACAGUCAGGGAUGACAAACAAAUCAAUGCAUACAGAUUCCAAUGCUAGCUUUAUUGUGGAAGACGAACAAUUGGACGGUAGUGUGGUAGAAACUUAUAUGGGUGAAUGGAAGAAUGAUAAACGAUGUGGAUAUGGUAUUUCCGAGCGCAGUGAUGGACUUAAGUAUGAGGGUGAAUGGUUUGCAAAUAAAAAGUAUGGUUAUGGUGUUACGACGUUUAAGGAUGGAACGAAGGAAGAGGGCAAAUAUAAAAAUAAUGUUCUAAUAACUAGUCAAAAGAAGAAACAUCUAUUUCUUAUUCGUUCUGCCAAAUUCCGAGAACGAAUAGACGCUGCAGUUGACUCUGCUCAACGUGCUUCGAAGUACGCACUACAAAAGGCAGAUAUUGCCAUUUCGAGGACGGCGACUGCACGUGGGAAGGCAGAAUUGGCGGAUGUUGCCGCGGACCAAGCACGUGUGGAUUCUGACGUUGCUAUACAAAUGGCUAGAGAAUUCGCCCCAGAUUUCAAACCACAGUUGUUAGAAAGAUUCGAACGGUUAAGGCGAGAGCGACAAAUUAGAUCACCGCUUGAUUAUUCCAUCAAGCAAAUAUCAGACAUGCCGCCCAAACCCACGAUAGCUGAUGGAGUAAUCAAACAAAACCUCUAUAAUCAAGAAUCAGUCCGAUCCCCAACGCAGCCGCCAUCAUCUAUGUAUAACCCCGAUGUGACAAAUUUAGGUUUUAAUAAAGGGUAUUCCAAUCCUCAGUCAUCAGUUCCGACACAGAGGUCCAGUGUUCGAAAGCUAUCACAACCUUUUGAGCGUAACCAGCAGGGCUUCGGCACGAUACCAAGUAUGCCAAACAAUGUACAGAGCCCGUAUUCAAAUGCAUCGCCGAGCAUGAAUAUUGGUAGCCCAGUCAAUAAUUUAAUGUUAAAUCAACAACAGUUAGAAUCAAAUUAUGUGGAUAGACAGAACUACCCACAGUUAGACAUAGAUCGAUUUCAACAAGAUAAUUUUACUCAUCGAAAUUCCAAUCAGAUUUCCGGUGCAGCAAAAGCUGUGCCACCAGUAGGACAGAUUAGUCAAACUUCUAUAGAUUAUUUUGAUCAUUAUAAACGACCUCCUAGUAGAGAUGGUUCUGUGGAUCGAUAUUCCAGAGCAGCGAGUAGACUAGGUGGAGCACAAUCCAGACAAUCUUCAGUAGAUAGAACCGGUCCGUAUGUAGUUAAUCAAGCAGUAACGAAUGAAUCUGUGCCUGAUCGAUCUGUCCGUGCCGGUUCUCAAAUACGAGGGGUCACACCCAUGAGAAACGUAACGAAUGUAAGCAGUACGAUACCAACGGGUAAUGGCAUUGUCCCACAUCCUCCGUCCAGAGCAGCUACCCCGCUUCAUCAACAGUCGACAGAUGCUUCGUUUUCCAGUUCAAAUCAACCGUUUGAAGACGUUCUUCUUCGACAACGAACCCUUGGACAAGACAUUAUUCCAUCACCAUCGCAGCCAAAACGAACGGAGAGUUUGUACUUAUCGAAACCGUUAGGGAAUAUUGGUGGACCAAGUGAUGCUGUUCCUACCGCAGCUAUGAGCAGAGGUGGAGGACGCAGUGGCGGGGGUGGUGGUGGAGGUGGAGGAGGAGGAGGUGGAAUGGCCAGGACACCAAAGUCCGUUCCUGUGAGUACGACCCUGCAACGAAAAAAAUCCUUACCCGAUGUUCAGCAGCUUCCGUUCGCUACUAGUGUGAUGAGCAGAGAAGAGGUGUCGAUGCUAGGAUCUGCCAGAAGGGAAGAAGUCCGGCGGCAGAUAGACGAAUCAGAGCGUUUGAAAGCCAACCCAUUGUUGUAUCUAGUCAGUCCAAAAGUAAAGGACUGGUUCUCGCGGCAGCAACUUGUUAUGCUGGUGUUAAUAAUAAAUAUAGCUUUGGCAAUUAUGUUCUUUAAAAUGCUAACAUAGCAUCAACCGUACCCAUGUUUGCCUUUCAGCAUUUUUCUGAAUAUAAUAGUUGUAUAUUAGGAAAAACAGAAAAGAGGAUGAUAUUUGAGCGAACAUUAUGGGAUAACUCGAAUAACUGCUGUGCGAGCUAAAACCGUUGAAACAGCAUUAAGACACUUCUAUACUUUGAAUUCGCAAUUCAGCCAGCUGCCAUCGAUAGCCACUAGACUGAACGAGUAAGUCAAGUGAAUAAAUCUUUAGAUUGGUGUUGUUAUGGAAUCUUAGUUACAUUUUUAUGUUAAUUAUAUGUUGAUUUAUUUUUCUUAACAUUACCUAGUUAUCAACUUACAUCUGCUCUAAAUAUCCAGCCCACCUUACUAAAGAUUCUUAUCUGUUAAAAUCUCCUACAGUGUUUAUAUUGAUUAAAUUUGAUAAAAAAAUCUUCGUAAAAUUCCUUUCACGACUUGUUGAAAUACAAAUUGUGAAAGCCCUCAGAACCAAAGCAAACUAAAGCACUAAAUAACAUACAUAUUCGAUGUCGAAAUAAAAUAUCAAUACCUGUAUUAAAUAAA